GAUCAGGACCAGUGUCCUGUUCUUCACCUCUCGCGUGAGCGCCAAGCUCGAAAGAGUUCCCUUGACAUUCUUCUUCUUAAUGCGGGCGUAUCCCUCCUAACCGGACCAUGACGCAGAUUCAAGCAGGACGAGGGGAGCUCAACCGUCAAUAUGGUCACCGCCUCCCUUGUUGCCUUCUUCCUGUUUUUCCCAGACUCCGUGAAACUGCCCGUCUGUUCCCCGACCCUGUCAGUCCAGACCAACAACGACGGUCUUCUCACCUCCUUUGCUCACACACACCUACAUCGACUUCCACCUCUCUCGCUCCGCGCCCGAGUGGCAGCUCUAUACCUAGGUAACGUGCUCAACCCUGCCGACAGGCCAGAGGAAGAGGAAGAUCACUUUUUCGACGACGAGUACGAGGACAGUGUAGAUGAAGAGGAAGAGGAUGAGGAUGAGAGUUUCUUAAAAAACGCUGGAGUUUGAAGCGCG